UUUGAAAGACCACAGAGCAGAUGGUUCUCAUGAGGAACUUCUGUCUUUAGUUUCAUCAUCUCCUCUGUCUGCAGAGCCACUGAUCUUUGUUCAACAUGAAGACAGAAUCCACGGAUCUGACUGGGACUCAUAAACCCAAUGUUUACCGGUCUAAAGGUGGCAGGACUCUAUCCAGCAAACGGUGUCUGACCGCAGUAGCAAUCUGCUGGGUGAUACUGGUAAUAAUCACUGGUCUGCGCAUCUAUUAUACUUUUCUCUUUCUGCUAAGUUGAAGGACUCCGAGGAUGUAAAUCAGCAUCUUAAUGAAAAAGUCCAGAUACAACAAUCCGAUUUAUGGCGACUGCAAAAGCAAGAAGCUGCUACAAAGGACUGGAGACAACCACGCAUUGAGUGGACCAAAACAACAAUGCCUGAAGCACAACCUUACGACACCACACCACAUCCAUACUAUGGCAGACGUCCAUACUACUACGCCACACUGACUCCCUACUAUGGCAGACGUCCAUACUACUACGCCACACCAACUCCCUACUAUGGCAGACGUCCCUAUUACUACGCCACACCACAUCCUUACUAUAGGAGACCACAUUCCUUAUACUACGCCACACCAACUCCUUACUAUGGCAGACGUUCAUACUACUACGCCACACCACGUCCUUACUACAAAAGACCACGUCCCUACUACUACGCCACACCACAUCCAUAUUAUGGCAGACGUCCAUACCACUAUGCCACACCAACUCCCUACUAUGGCAGACGUCCACACUACUACGCCACACCACGUCCCUACUACUACGCCACACCGACUCCCUACUAUGGCAGACGUCCCUAUUACUACGCCACACCACAUCCUUACUAUAGGAGACCACAUUCCUUCUACUACACCACACCAAGUCCUUACUACAAAAGACCACGUCCAUACUACUACGCCACACCGACUCCCUACUAUGGCAGACGUCCAUACUACUACGCCACACCACGUCCAUAUUAUGGCAGACGUCCAUACCACUAUGCCACACCAACUCCCUACUAUGGUAGACGUUCAUACUACUACGCCACACCACGUCCCUACUACUACGCCACACCGACUCCCUACUAUGGCAGACGUCCAUACCACUACGCCACACCAACUCCCUACUAUGGCAGACGUUCAUACUACUACGCCACACCACGUCCUUACUACAAAAGACCACGUCCCUACUACUACGCCACACCGACUCCCUACUAUGGCAGACGUCCCUACUACUACGCCACACCACAUCCUUACUAUAGGAGACCACAUUCCUUCUACUACACCACACCAAGUCCUUACUACAAAAGACCACGUCCAUACUACUACGCAACACCGACUCCCCUACCUAUGGCAGACGUCCAUACUACUACGCCACACCACGUCCAUAUUAUGGCAGACGUCCAUACCACUAUGCCCACACCAACUCCCUACUAUGGUAGACGUUUCCUACUACUACGGCCACACCACGUCCCCUACUACUACGCCACACCGACUCCCUACUAUGGCAGACGUCCAUACACCACUACGCCCACACCAACUCCCUACUAUGCAGACGUCAUACUACUACGCCACACCACGUCCUUACUACAAAAGACCACGUCCCUAACUACUACGCCACACCCACAUCCAUAUUAUGGCAGACGUCAACCACUACGCCACACCAACUCCUACUAUGGCAGACGUCCAUACUACUACGCACACCACGUCCCUACUACUAACGGCACACCGACCUCCCUACGUAUGGCAGACGGUCCCUAUUACUACGCCACACCACAUCCUUACUAUAGGAGACCACAUUCUUCUACUACACCACACCAAGUCCUUACUACAAAAGACCACGUCCAUACUACUACGCCACACCGACUCCUACUAAUGGCAGACGUCCAUACUACUACGCCACACCACGUCAUAACGUUCAUACUACUACCGCCACACCACGUCCCUACUACUACGCCACACCGACUCCCUACUAUGGCAGACGUUCCAUACCACUACGCCACACCAACGCCCUACUAUGGCAGACCGUUCAUACUACUAACGCCACACCACGUCCUUACUACAAAAGACCACGUCCCUAACUACUACGCCACACCAACAUCCAUAUUAAUGGCAGACGUCCAUACCAACUACGCCACACCACUCCCUACUAUGCCACUAUGCCACACCAACUCCCUACUAUGGCAAGACGUCCAUUACUACUACGCCACACCACGUCCAUAUUAUGGCAGACGUCCAUACCACUAUGCCACACCAACUCCCUACUAUGGUAGACGUUCAUACUACUACGCCACACCACGUCCCUACUACUACGCCACACCGACUCCCUACUAUGGCAGACGUCCAUACUACUACACCACACCGACUCCCUACUAUGGCAGACGUCCAUACUACUAUGCCACACCACGUCCAUAUUAUGGCAGACGUCCAUACCACUACACCACACCAACUCCCUAUUAUGGCAGACGUUCAUACUACUACGCCACACCGACUCCCUACUAUGGCAGACGUCCAUACUACUACACCACACCAACUCCCUAUUAUGGCAGACGUCCAUACCACUACGCCACACCAACUCCCUAUUAUGGCAGACGUUCAUACUACUACGCCACACCACGUCCUUACUACAAAAGACCACGUCCCUACUACUACGCCACACCACAUCCAUAUUAUGGCAGACGUCCAUACCACUACGCCACACCAACUCCCUACUAUGGCAGACGUCCAUACUACUACGCCACACCACGUCCAUACUACUACGCCACACCGACUCCCUACUAUGGCAGGCGUCCAUACUACUACGCCACACCACAUCCUUACUAUAGGAGACCACAUUCCUUCUACUACACCACACCAAGUCCUUACUACAAAAGACCACGUCCAUACCACUAUGCCACACCAACUCCCUACUAUGGUAGACGUUCAUACUACUACGCCACACCGACUCCCUACUAUGGCAGACGUCCCUACUACUACGCCACACCACGUCCCUACUACUACGCCACACCGACUCCCUACUAUGGCAGACAUCCAUACUAUACCACACCACGUCCAUACUAUGCUACACCUCCAUACUCCAAUACCACUAGUGACACCACAACAUAUUCCAAUAACAGCACAUUGCAGCAAACCUAAGAAGUUCUUCUACUUCUCUGCCUUUGAUUCCCUGUUUUAUUCUUUUUGGGUCACCAAACUAAUUUAGGAGGAAACAUUGUGGUUUGGAAAUGUCUUAAGGUAGAACUGUAAACUGGUCACCCAUAACAUUUUGACCAACAGAAUGUUAUUGUUGCAACUGUCAGCGGGUGGGAGUCAUCCAUGUUGUUUUGAAGGACCAGUACUGAUUGUCAGGUGGUCAUCAUGUCAUUCCUGAUUAGUUAUGGUGAAGUUCCAGUUUCUCUUUCUCAUCAACAGACUCAACACUUUAGUUCUGACUUCCUUCAAACACAAUUCAAGUCAUUCCAGAUGCUUUUUUAAUUUUCUGGCCAACGUUCUGCUUUGUUCCAGUUUCACAUAAACAAGAAAUGAAGACAAACAGGAUAAUCUAUUAUUAAUCUCUUACUUUUAUAAGAAGCAGCAAUUAUUUGUGUCCAUUAAGCUCUUUUGUAUAAAAAUUGAGAACUGAUUCCUUAUCCAUUAAAGAUUUUUUCAUAUUUGAUGUUAGAGACUUGUUUAUAACAUUAUCCUAUAAACAGCUUAUGUUUUCAUUUAUUUCAAUGACUUUCUACUUCUACCCAUCUGACUAAAUGGUUUGAUUUGUCUUAACUGGAUUUUAGGUGGAUGUUUCUGUUUACCCAAUACAUCAUGGUGGACUUUGCUUUUACAGCUCUGAAAUAUUACUGUAAAUGAAUAAAAUUUGAUUUUUGAAAUACUUA